GGAUGAUAUCCCGAACGUACUUCACAUGACGUUAACUUGAAGAGAAGGUUGUGAGACCCGCGGGAAAUUAAACUGUAUGCGCACAUGACGCAAGUGGAUCUGGUCCAAGUGUCGUCGAUUCAGUGGCUGAGGACUGUUAAAGUUACUUGAACCUUCCGGUAGUGGACAAAUUGUCAGGGUCAUUGAGUGUCGUGAAGUUUCUCGAAAAUUGACUGAUGAUCAAAUUAGGCUGACUGAUUUUAAAUACAUAGCUGCGGCCACAUGUCGUAGCUGACAAUGUCGCCGUGAUAUGUUACCCCGUAGCCACUUCUGGCGCGACUGCAACCUCUUCCCCGAGGAAGCACCGUUCAUCCGUCACUAUCACCAACGAUUUAGCUUGUCUUUUCAUCUCAAUCAUUCAUUGUCGAAUGGUUAUCAUCUGGUGCCGACGAUCCAGGUGAAGCACAACAACCCGCUCCCCUAUGUCGUUUGGUGGAGGACACCUGGAUCUCUUCAUCAGAUCCAAGUCCAGCCAUAUCAGCAUUAUCUCCAUCAGCAGCAUCAACCAAAUCAGCAGAGGCGGCGAGCUCAGAGGAAUCGACGAUAUCGUCAGCAUCGACGGAGGUUUCACAGGCGAGAAUCAUUCCAUAUCGAGGAAGAGAAUCAGGCAUCAUCAUCUUACCUGACUCAACGCCUCGAACAUUAUCAAGUGCAACGUGGAAUGGAAACUAGACUGGGCCGUUUCGUACCGACCAAAAAUGAAGACACGAGGAAUAAAGGGAAUCGUUGUGUGAGCGGUAGUGGGAGCCGCGGUAGCGGUGCAACCGGUGCAACCGGGCCAACUGGUGCAACAGGGGGUGGCAACAACGUGCUUGGUAACGAGGCUAGUGUUAUAGUUGGUCGUGGGGCCCUCUACGGGGGUGGUGGGGGCGGUGGAAGCCCCAGACGUGGAGGUGGUCAAGAGGGUGGUGGACAACCACCUAUCAACGGUCUUUACAACGGUCAUCAUACCACGAGCACCAGACAUCACAGGCACAAAGUAUCCGCUGGCUGUGUUGAACUACGUCAUCAUCCACAUCAUCACCGACACCACCCCCACUAUCGCUCCCACCAUCGGGGCAUGACCAUGGGCCAAAAGAUAUCAGGCGGCGUGAAGAGCGUGACCCGUGAAAGCGGAGCGGGAGCGGGUGGAGGAGUUGGAAUUGGUAGUGGUACAGCUCCACCUUACAAACCAGUAGUGCCACGAGAACUUGCUCAGGACUUCUCCAGGCCAGCAAGACUUGAUGUACUCCUUGAUAUGCCACCAGCUACACGAGAAGCACAAGUACAUCAUGGAUGGAAUGCUGAAGACCGAAGUCUUAAUAUAUUUGUCAAGGAAGACGACAAACUGACGUUUCACCGUCAUCCAGUUGCCCAAAGUACAGACUGCAUAAGAGGGAAAAUUGGUUACACAAAGGGUAUGCACGUGUGGGAAGUUAAUUGGAGUACAAAACAGCGUGGUACACAUGCAGUAGUUGGUGUUGCAACCUCCGAUGCACCAUUACAUAGUGUUGGCUAUCAAAGUCUAGUCGGCAAUAAUGCACUCAGUUGGGGCUGGGACCUCGGUAGAAAUAAACUUUAUCACGACUCUAAGAAUAACAAUGGCGUUACGUAUCCAGCGCUACUCAAACCUGACGAGACGUUUGUUGUACCAGACAAAUUUUUAGUUGUCCUUGACAUGGAUGAAGGAACGUUAGCAUUUGUCGUUGAUGGCCAGUACCUGGGUGUAGCAUUCAAAGGAUUAAAAGGAAGAAAAUUACACCCUAUUGUCUCCGCUGUGUGGGGACACUGUGAGAUUACAAUGAAAUACGUCGGUGGCCUUGACCCCGAGCCUCUGCCUCUGAUGGAUCUCUGUCGAAGAGUAAUCCGCCAAAGAAUCGGUAAACACCGACUCGAAAGAAUUCAGGACCUAAAUUUGCCCCACGCCAUGAAGACUUACCUUCUGUAUCGUGAUAGGAGAUAACCACCACAUUUGAUUCAUCAACAAAUACCCAAGAAAAUCAUCGACGUAUGUCCAGAUAAUGCCCAGCUGCCUUGCAAGCAAACGAGAACAAUCCACGUGUAGUCUCGUGUCUCUUUUUCCUCUUAAAAAAAAAAUCAAAUAAAUGAUGAGUCGUUAUUUCAGAGAGUCAAUGUCGAAUAAAACAUUAACAAGUCCUGAAAAAUAUUUCAAUCAUCGAGACACCAGAAUGCCUCUCAUAAAUGAAAAAUAAAAAUCUAGCGAAUUAUUAAGUAAUUGUUGUUUUAUGUUGUCAGUACGACAUCGUCGUUGAGUCUUUAUUAAUUGUUAUGAGUCGAUAAAAAUGUGUGACCGUUUA